AUGGGAGUAGCAAUCGAAACUGAAGUGUGGGAACCGAACAGAGCACUGUACAUCUUCAUGUUCAUAUGUUGCUUCCUUUCAAUCUUUUGUUUGCCCAACAAAAGUAUCCCAAAUGUGUUUGAUCACGCGCCUUCCUCUUCUCUCCUUCGCUUCCAGAGAACCUUUCUUCUCUUCUAUUCACUGUCCUCAGUGAUUGAAGGGUUAUGGCCUGUGUUUGGGGAGUACGAAUGGGCAUAUUACGGUGUGAGUAAAGAGCAAAUGGUGAUGUCGUUAUGUGUUGGAUACGGGGUCUCUCUAUUUAUUGGCAGUUUUCUUGGAAUGCUCUCUGAUCUUAUUGGGCAUAAGAAAUUAUGUUUGUUGUUUUACAUGCUGCACCUUUUUUUUGGCAUAUGGAAGAGAAUUACUGCAGAUCCUGCUAUUUGGUUGGCAAGCACCUGUCUCUCUUUAGCCUCUUCAGUAUUUUCCUUCAGUUUUGAAACAUGGAUGGUAGUUGAGAAUGACAAGCUGGGCCAGAGGCAAGAUGCACUGAAUGAUAUGUUUUGGUUAAUGACUUUCUUUGAAUCUGCAUCUUUCAUAGGCAGCCAGGUGCUUGGUAAUUGGCUGAUUGAUAGUAAUGUGAACAAAAAUAUAGCUUCUAUUGGCAAUGCUGCUAUUGUUAUAACAGUUAUCGCUAUCACUUAUGUCACACGUGGAUGGAAAGAAGCUCCACAAGCAGCAUCUUUCAAGGAUUACCGGAUUUUGUUUUACAAAAAUGUCAUCAGUGAUAAAAGGAUAUGGUUGUUAUCAUGGGUGCAAGCCUGCGUCCAUUUCUCUGUGGUUGCCUUCUGGAUUCUUUGGGCUCCUACUAUAGUUGUAAGAUUUCAAUUGCAUUUGAAUUCCUUGAUAUUUCCCACUUAG